AUGUCCUACAACAUCGCAGGUCGAGCUAUCAAGAACGAAUACCUCGUUCUCGGCACCAUCGCUGCCACCGUCGGUAUAGCCGUCUCAUCAAUGGGUGGAGGUGAUAAAUCAUCUUCUGGAUCCGCUCCCGUACCUGUAAAAGAGGAUAAGACUAUCACUGGUGAGACUCCCGAAGAAGAGGAUUUCAUCAGACAAUUCGUCGCCGAAGCCGAAGGAUCAGACAAGAAGCAUUAA